UCGCCCCUUCGCCAACAACCCACGCGAUGCCAACCUGCACGAAUGACCAACAGAACCAACAACGAAUGAAAGUCGAAGAGUAGGCAAGGUAGAAAUAACAGAAUUUACUAAAUUGGACAGCGACGCACUGGAAUAUAAAUAUAUCUGUUUGGCGACUAGUAAUUAGACGAAAAGCAAGACCCUAAAGAUACUUGACAAACCCAUCAGUUGAACUGAGUUCACAUCUCCAAUCCGAGCCUCCAAUACGCCCUUUUCGAGUGCAAACACGGCAUAGACCAUUCUCUUAGAUUGAUUUUGGGCCUUUCUAUGUGCCGAAAAUUUCGAAUCUUUAUAUUUCAUUGCCUCAAUCUUAAUACUCUACCCCAAAGCCCGCACUAUAUCUAGUCUAAUGUCUCCAAUCCCACAACAGCUAGUUCGGUUCACUCAACGUAUCAAAAACGUGCAAGUAAGAAAAAUGACACUGGGUCUCAUCGAAGUGGCCACCCAGCAGUCUGACCUAGCGAUGUUUACGAACGCGACAUUGAAGAACCCUUCGCAUACCAGUAACACGGACCCCAGACCGCAUGUCACAGUUCUCCUGGCGACGGAUGAUCAGCAGGCCUUGGAUAGGUCCCAAGCCGUGCAUAUCUAUCACGAUGGGGACGGGAACUAUGCUGGACACGUUCUUUUCCCGGAAAGACAGAAUAAGACGAGCGAUGACUAGGUGCUGCCAUAUCCCCAUGUUAGCUUCCUGGUUGUCCGGUUGUGUAUUAAGACGCCCGAGAGCGGAUCGAUAGGUGGUCGCCAUCAAGAUGUUGUCACCAGGAGGAGAUAAUUGUAGAGCUCAAAGAUAUACUAGAGGAUCUACCCGUGGAGGACCCUCUCUAUUGACAUAAGUAGAGAGGUGUUAUGAAACGGUUCUAGCCCGACCUGUUUGAGGCCAGGAUCUGGAACCCCAAUUUUUCCCAGCUCACUAGGCUCGUCGUGAGCCACGACUCACCUACGAUCUGUUGCACCUAUUUUACUAUGUCUAUAUAAUCGCAAUAUACCCUCUAUAUCUAGUCACUCUUUUAGAAUAGUUCCUCAGCCAUCAACUUACAAUCAGAUUCACUCUUUAGACUGCUA